AUAGCCUGACAAGUGGAUCCAAGAUGGCGUAGAAAGUAAAGGUAGAAACUGUCCCUGAGUCAUGGCGGACAGGAGGCUAGAGGAGUCAUGUGAAGAAGCCUGCGAGUCAUUAGUGAGGCGGGAGUACGAGGCGACCGUGGGCCACAGCACGGAGGCGCUGCUCGCGCUCAGCCUGCAGGCCCCCAGCCCCUCAUUGGUGUCCCUUCGUGGUCGCAUCCUGCUCUGCCGCAUCGCUGCCCUGCUGCAGCUGAAAAAGUACGAUGAAGCGGACGAGGACUGCAAACGCGUGCUGGCAGAGGAGCUGGCGAAGGGGGAUGGCUCAUUUCAGGCCGGCCUGCGAGGCAUGCUCCUGGACGGCAGCCUGCAGGAAGUCUCUGCUGUCCUCUCCAAGUCCCUCUUCGGGGAGCCCCUGAAUGGGAUCGUGACAAAGGAUUUAACCAGAUUGAAAGUGCUUCUGUCAGAAAUUCAAACAUUAAGCAGUAAGAUGGCCUCGGAGUAUAGUGAAGACAAUGAAGAAGACGUGCAGGAUGGCUGGCAGUUUCGGCCCCCGCCCAGAGGGGUGACCAGCAGUGAGGAAUACACCCUGUGUAAGAGGUUCCUGGAGCAGGGCCUGUGCCGCUAUGGCGCCCAGUGCACGUCGGCCCACUCGCGUGAGGAGCUGGCCGAGUGGCAGAAGCGCUACGCCUCCCGCCUCAUCCGCCUCAAGCAGCAGCAGGAGGGCCGCCACUUUGCCGAGAACUACAUGGAGGCCCUCAUUGAGAAGUGGAUGAACUCCCUGUCCCCAGAGAAAGUGCUGAGUGAAUAUUUGGAUGGCGUGAGUGUGGAGCACGGCUCGGAUCUCUCGGUAACAGUCACCACCAAGAAGUCGUCUCACUCCUGGAUGUUCUCCCUCUUCUGCAAGCCUGCGCGGAUGCUGUACCGCGUCGCCCUGCUGUACGACGCCCACCGCCCCCAUUUCUCCAUCACGGCAGUGAUGGCGGGUGACUCGGCCGGCCAGACGCGGCAGGAGGUGCCCGAGGGUUGCCAGGAGUGGACCGGUGACAGCGUGGCCCAGAACGGCACGGACCACUGUAUCUAUAAGGUGGAGGUGGCCUUCAGCACGGAGAUCUUUGGCACUUUCCGGCAAACCAUCGUCUUCGACUUUGGCUCAGAGCCGGUGCUGAUGCAGAGAGUUAUGGUGGAUGCUGCCUCAAUAGAGGACUUGGAGCACCUCAUGCAUGCCCGGCAACAGCUGCAGAUGACCGCCAAGCGCUGGGACUCGUCCUGCAAGACCAUUGUGGAGUUUGGGCCCAGCGAGUCCAUGGAGCUGGAGCGUAGUCUACUAACCCGCUACCAGAUCCCCCUCUCCGCCGACCAGCUCUUCACCCAGUCGGUCCUCGACAAGAUGCUCACCAAGGAGAACUACCAGGCCCGUCUGCAUGACCUGCUGUACAUCGAGGAGAUAGCCCAGUACAAGGAAGUCAGCAAGUUUAACAUCAAAGUGAACCUGCAGUUGGUGACGAGCUUCAUGCUGACCGGCGUCUCGGGCGGCGCCAAGUAUGCCCAGAACGGCCAGCUGUUCGCCCGCUUCCGGCUGACGGAGACGCUGUCCGAGGACACGCUGGCUGGCCGGCUGGUCAUGACCAAGGUGAACUCCGUGCUCCUGUUGCCCCUGGGGCGCGAGCGCGGGGGCCAGCCACCCGGGGCCAAGGAGCGGGUCUACGAGGCCGUCAUCGAGGAGAAGACCAAGGACUACAUCUUCCUCCGUAUCUGCAAGGACUGCUGUGACGAGCUGCAUCUGCAGCCGGACCGGGAGCUGCAGGUGGAGCUGCAGUUCCAGCUGAACCGGCAGCCCCUCUGUGAAAUGCACUACGCCCUGGACCGCAUCAAGGACAACGGCAUCCUGUUCCCUGACACCAGCAUGACUCCCACAAUCCCCUGGAGUCCCAACAGGCAGUGGGACGAGCAGCUGGACCCCCGGCUGAACGCCAAGCAGAAAGAGGCCAUCCUGGCUAUCACCACGCCCCUGUCCAUCCAGCUGCCCCCAGUGCUCAUCAUCGGGCCGUACGGGACUGGCAAGACCUUCACCCUGGCUCAAGCGGUCAAGCACAUCCUGAAGCAGCAGGAGAGUAGGGUCCUCAUUUGCACUCACUCCAACAGCGCUGCUGAUUUGUACAUAAAGGACUAUCUACACCCAUACGUCGAAGCGGGCAACUCGCACGCCAGGCCACUCAGGGUGUACUUCAGGAACCGGUGGGUGAAGACCGUCCAUCCCAUCGUGCAACAGUACUGUUUGAUCUCAAGCACACAGUUCACUUUCCAGAUGCCCGAGCGAGAGGACAUCAUCAAGCACAGGGUGGUGGUGAUGACCCUCAGCACCUCCCAGUAUCUGUGUCAGCUGGACUUGGAGCCAGGUCUCUUCACCCACAUCCUGCUGGAUGAAGCCGCUCAGGCCAUGGAGUGUGAGACCAUCAUGCCUUUCGCCUUAGCCAGCAAAAGCACCCGGAUCGUCCUGGCGGGAGACCACAUGCAGCUCAGCCCGUUCGUCUACAGUGAGUUUGCCCGGGAGCGCAACCUGCACGUGUCGCUGCUGGACCGUCUGUACGAGCACUACCCUGCAGAGUACCCCUGCCGCAUCAUGCUGUGUGAGAACUACCGUUCCCAUGAGGCCAUCAUCAGCUAUACAUCAGAGCUGUUCUACGACGGCAAGCUGAUGGCCAGUGGGAAGCAACCCUCUCACAAAGACUUCUACCCACUGACGUUCUUCACCGCACGGGGGGAAGACGUGCAGGAGAAGAACAGCACCGCCUACUACAACAACGCUGAGGUGUUUGAGAUCGUGGAGCGGGUGGAGGAGAUGCGGAAGAAGUGGCCGGUGGCCUGGGGAAAGCUGGACGAGGGCAGCAUCGGCGUGGUCUCCCCUUACGCCGACCAGGUCUUCCGGAUCCGGGCCGAGCUGCGAAAGAAGAGGAUGCCGGAGGUCAGCGUGGAGAGGGUGCUGAACGUGCAGGGCAAGCAGUUCCGGGUGCUGUUCCUGAGCACGGUACGCACGCGGCACACCUGCAAGCACAAGCAGACGGCUAUCAAACGCAAGGAGCAGCUGGUGGAGGACUCCACAGAGGACCUGGACUACGGCUUCCUUUCCAACUAUAAGCUGCUGAACACAGCCAUCACACGGGCCCAGUCCCUGGUGGCUGUGGUGGGAGACCCAAUUGCGCUCUGCUCUGUGGGCAGGUGCAGGAAGUUCUGGGAGAAGUUCAUCUCCAUCUGCCACGAGAAUAGCAGCCUGCAUGGGAUCACCUUCGAACAGAUCAAGGUGCAGCUGGAGGCCCUGGAGCUGAAGAAGACUUACGUGCUGAACCCGCUGGCCCCCGAGUUCAUCCCGCGAGCGCUGCGGCCCCAGCAUGCACAGGGCCCUGGCAAGCAGCAGCAACAGUCGCAGCAGCAUCAGCAUCAGUCGCCCCCUAAGGGUAAAGGGCAGCAUUCAAACCAGGCUGAGCACUUUCCACCUGAGGGAUUUGUUCAACCCAGUCCAGCAGUACUGAUGGGAAACCCCAUUCGCGCCUUUACACCACCCCUUGGGGGUAACCCAGCAAUGGGCAAGUCGCCCAGCCCGGUCCAGAGGAUAGACCCCCACACGGGGGCCAGUAUCCUAUACGUCCCUGCCGUCUAUGGGGGAAACAUGGUGAUGCCUGUGCCUUUGCCCUUGCCCUGGCCCGGAUACCAGAGCCGCUUCGCCGUGGACCCGCGCCUUGUGAACCACCCAGCUGCCGUGGCCUACGGGAUGAACCUCCUGCAGGCCCACAGCCGGGGCUCCCCCGUCCCGUACGGGGUUGGCCACACCUCACCCCUGGGCCCGUGUCAGCAGUCCAGCCCCGACAAGGAGCUGCAGCCUGAGAUCAGCCGGAACGGAAAAGCAGACGGGGCUGUGAAGGCGGAGCCAAGCCGACUGCAGACACCGGAGCGCAGGGCGCUGGAUGCGAAAGACAAGCAGGGAGAACCAGAUGCAGGUCAGAACCGGAGUCCAGAUUCCCAGGAUGGUGUGGGGUUCCUGAACAAUCGGCUUCCCCGGAAGGACAAUCUGGGCCCAAGGCCCCUGAAUUUCCACCUGGCGCCCCCUAACGCUGCUUUCCCGCCACACCCCGGCGGCAGGCAGUUCCCGCACCCGUACCCCCUUCCCCGGCUGCCCUACAGGGGCGGCCUGCUCCCUCAGCACGCCAGCCCCGCCCCCCAGCCCCCGCAGCACCCCCCCCACUCAGCGCAGCUGUCUCCUGCCUUCCCAGUAGGCCACGCCCCCUCUUUCUUCAACGCCUCGCUCCCCCAUCGGGGCUUGCAGUCCCCCAGCCCUGAGGCCUUGACUGGGGAGCACCCGGGGCCCGAUGAAGUGGGCGGCCCCCUUCGUCCCGUCCCCCAGCAGCUGGGCCAUGCGGCGCUGCCUCAGCCGGGCCGCGCGGGCGGCUUCAUGGAGGAGAACGCCGAGGUGGUGCUGGGAGACGGCCUUGACAUGCAGGGGCCAUCCGCCCUGGAAGCCCUUGCUCAGCAGGCGCGGCUCAGCCAAUGGAGCGAGCAUGGCCACUUCCUGCCGGGAGGGGUGGCCUUUCCGCUGCCCCAGCAGCUGCCCCCGCUGGCCCAGCCCGGCCUGCGCUUCCCCCCUCAGCUGCUGCGCCCUGGGGGCUGGAGGCUGGGUGCCGAGGAUGAGCCCAGCCCGUUCCCUAGGUUUCCCAGUAUGCUGCGAGAGAUGGCCUCCCAGGAGCCGGGUGAGCAGAGGGACCCUGCUGAGAUGCCCCCCCCUCAGUCGCGCCUGCUACAGUACCGGCAGGCGCAGCCACGCAGCCCCGGGGAGCUCCCCUCCCCUUCCGCUGCCUCCAACCACGCCGGCCCCUUCCCGGGACACUUCCCGGGCGCCGGGCGGGAGCUGGAGAUGAUCAGCAGCCAGGCGCUACAGCAGAUGUACAGCCCCACCUUCGGCAACCCGCCCGGCCGCUCCAGCCCCCCCCCACUGAAGUACCACCACACGGAAGGCCAGUGGGCCGCGGGCCACGCGCUGGGCCAGGCGUUCCCCUUCGGCCUGCCCGUCAUGGCCCUGCGCCACGAGCAGGUGCAGCUCAUACAGCAGCAGCAGAAGCAGCAGACCCCGACGCCCGCCCCAGAACCCUAUCACCCGCUUUCCCCGCGCUCCAUGGCCGCCAGCUCCCUCCACACCAUAGACGAGUAUGAACCCCGGGGGCCCGGCAGGCCGCUCUACCAGAGGAGGAUCUCCUCAGGCUCCUCGCAGCCAUUCCCGGAUGAUGCGGGAAAGCCCCAGGGAGCCGAGGCGUCCUGCAAGCAGCCGCAGGACCACACCAACCUCUUAUAUGGCUACCCAUCAGCAGAGCGCUGGCCCAGCAACGGAGCCCCUGUCUCCUUCCAGAACAUUCCAUGCAACGGAACCACUACGCUAGUUCCGCACCGGGACCUUUUCGCUUCAGCAAAGGCAAUGCGUGAGGCCGAAGAUCCCCUGAAGGCAGACAGCCCCCAGCCGCUGGUGCACUCUCUCGGCCCCCUCCAGCACCUCGGACAGUUCCCCCCCCUCCUGCCCAGCAAGCAGCAGUCUCCUGACCCUGGCGGUGGACCCGAGGGGCCUGGCGCGGGUGCCCUCCAGGGUCCCGGCCUAAACAAGACCCACACAAUGUCAUACGCCAGCGCCCUCCGCGCCCCCCCCAAACCCAGGCCUGUUCCUGAGCAGGCCAAAAAGAACAGUGACCCCCUCUCCUUAUUACAGGACCUUAGCAUAGGCAGUGCAACAAGUAGCAAUGGCUAUUAUUCGUAUUUUAAAUGAGCGUAGCAAGUGGGCAUCUCGACAAAAAAGACAAAAAAAUAGAAAAAAGUUAUUUAAAAAUCAGAAAAAGUCCUUUUAAAAGUUGUUUUUAUAGAUAGAUUAUGAAUUAGUAAUGGUCAUUUCUUUUACAGUUUGAAAUAUGUGAUUAAAAAGGAAACAUAUAUAUAUAUAUAUAUAUAUAUAUAAAUUAAGUAAUAGAAAAGCUUAAAAAAAAAAAUUGAUUUGGCUGACCUUAAUGCUGCCUGUUUUGUUAUCCCCUCAUUUUUGUUUUGUUUGCCGGUUGUUUGAAAAUCAGCCACAGAUGUUUGCUUGAUUUAUUUUUUUAUUUUCUUUUUUCAGUGUUUCGUCUUCCUCAGCAAUGCUUUACUUUGGGAUCAGCUGAGAGGUCAACCAAAUCAUACAAAAUAUAUGAAACAUUGUAUAGAAGUAGUUCCUUUUCUCUAACCUGUACAUAUAUAGAAAGUAAACUUGAUGUAUGCACAUGCUUAAUUUAGCGUUAGCUUUAGAAUUUGUUUUGGUCAUUGUGACAAACCAAUCUUAGUAUUUUUUUUUUCCCGUCUUCGGUCUUUUUUUUCUUUUAAUGUCCACCUGAAAAUUUAUCAACUUUAAAGAUUUAAAUAAUUGUUUAAAAAAAAAAAAGAAAUAUUAAAAUACACAGCAGUACAAGCCAAAAUGUCACAAAGUAAAGCAUGUUCCUUCUUAUCUUGCCGUGGGAUGCAUUAUUUCUUUAUCAGCUGUGGCAGGACUGCGUCACAGUGAUAAAUAUGAAGACAAAAGGGCAUAUUUUAAGACGGUCUUGGUAGUCUUAUGGUCAUUGGUUUGUGGAAAAUAUUUUGGAAAAGGAAAAUGCUGCACAUUGAGGCUGUGAUAGGGCCACCACACAAACACACACUCCUCAUUUCCUGCUUGACGCUUCCAAAGCAGUUACUACCGUUACGCUUGUUAAAGCACGUUCACUCAUUAUUGAUGGAUCUACUUAAUGAUCGUGUUUUGAAAAGGUAUCGUUCCCCCCAGUGCUGCAUUUGCCCUAGAAUUGUAUUCUGCUCUUGACUGGAAUGUAAGCAAAGCGAAGUGGUACUCGCAGUUUAGGAUGUGCUUGGCGUAAGCGCCGCUUAUUUUCAGAGACGGACCUUAGGCCUCGGUUAUGGAAGUGCUUGGGAAAUGUGCGCGGAAGAUCCAGAGGUUGAAGCGAUUAGUCUGUUGUGGAGAAUGCGGACAGGAGUUUGGUGUAAGGGAAGCGGGCAGUCCUCACGUACUUCAGGGGCAUCAGUCUGCUCAGCUCGGUCUGCCUGGCCUCACUGAAUUCUUGAGGUUGCAAGGUAGAUCAUUCAUUUUAACGCCAUGGGGACUUGGUGACGUUUUAAUUUUGUUCAGUUAGAUUGUUUCUAUACACAUGGGUCCAGAAGAACCUGUAAACUGUUACUUUAUUAUUUUUUUUUAUUAUUCCUAAUGACAGAGCUACUCGCCAGAGGCAACCCUGCAAAGACCCUGUACAGAACAUUACACACUUGUAAAUGUUCAUACUUUACCUUGCGUUCCGGAUGAUUUUGAAUUAUGUUAGCUUAUGUGGCUUGCUCACUGCGGUCACUGGGUUUGUAGUAUCGCUGCGGCUCAGAUUGACGUUAGCUGUGCUUCUGAAUUUGUGUAGUUUUCAAGCCUUUCACGUCUUGCACAUUUGUGAUGUUUUGGCUUGUUGUUGUGAAAGACAAACAUUCAUGAACACAUGCAGACCAAGGCAUGCGCACAGACGGAUGCAGCCGGAUGGCCAUUUGGAAAGAUUAGUGGAUCACUCAGGCUUGUGAUUGGUGGCGCAGUUGUGUGAUGUUAUAAUUGUUUAAUAUACAAUUUAACAAGGUAGCUUGAGACAUGCCGCUUACAAGGGAGAAAAAAAGCAUUAGGAAUGAAUUAUUAUGGCCUGGACAGACCUGCUCAAAGAAAGUUCAUUUUUACGAAAAACGGUUCGAUGUGAGCCCCAGCUUCAAAGAAACAAAAAUUUGCCACCUUGCCAGUGUGUUCCUGAAAUUUUGCCGUCAUUGUGAUUCUACCCGUCACAAUUCAAUGUCGUACUCUUACGAUUUAUCAUUAAAGCAUAUUUUUGUAAAUACACGUUUUCUAGGUCUUUACAACAAAGAUAUAGAGGGUUGCCUCACUUUUAUAAAGCUGUUUUAAGAGGAUGUACGCCCUUUUUAAUUAUGCAAAAAUAAAAGAAAAACAAAUGGACAAAACAAGUGUGUUGACACUGGCAGUAGCUCCUAUGAAAAAGAGAGCUUUUUAAAUGUUUUUGUUUUCUUUUAAAAUACAGAAAAUAAUGUCUGGUGGCUUGACAAAUGAAAGUUUAGUUGCAGGCAUAGAAAUGAAUUUUAAUUUUUUUAAAUAAAAUUUUUUUUUUUUUAAAUCAUGGGUUAAACUUUUUUUUUUUUCCUAGGUGCUUUGUAGUUUCAAUGAUACAUUUUGUGGCGAAUUUUUCUGUGCAUGUCAAGGUAACCUGGUUAUUUUCUUUCCCUUAUCAAACGAUAUACGGAUUUGUGCGACAUCUUGUUCUUUUCCUGCAAAGUCAGAUUUUGAUAUUUGAUGUGUAAAAUAAAUUGUGACAUUAUGAACAACAGUUCUAAUAUUUUACUAAUUUGUUGCUGAAUAAUGGAGUAGUUAUGCAACAAUUGUCAGUACUUUAAUGUACUGGGCAAAAAUUGUUCCCCAGUCAGGAUGCAAGUACUUAUUUGUACUUAAUUGGCAAAGUUCUUUUCUCAAGGAUCCAAUUAAAACAAGUGCUUUUGGUGAUUUUAA